CAACAAACUUUUGAAUUGGCAGUUUGGGAAAAUACAGGGUUGGGUACCGUAGCAAGUACGACAACUUUAUUUUAAUGUAGAACGAUUUGUAUUCAUGCAAGCCAAAUGUUGUGGUUCAGAGGCACAUCUAGGACGAAACUAGUAUAAGAUAGCAAUGACAGAGGUUUAAAUUAGCUAACGUUAGACGGUUUAUAAUGGCUUUGUAGUUAGCCAGCUGGAUAGAUAGCAAGCUAGCUAGUAAAUGAAACUGGAUGAGAAAACUAUGAGUCGAAGAAAGGAUCAUGCAAAGUGCACGAGCAAAGAAAUGGCUCAACAGACUACACGUGGAAGCAAGUCUGGACCGGUGAAACCGCUUAAACCCAAAAAUCUGAGACUGAUAGUUGACCAUAGGGUUUUGGCCGAGAGGAACCAGGUAGUGAUGCCGGUAGGUGCCUGGGUGGAAAGCGGGCACGAGUGCCAGGUGCAUCCGACUCUACGUGCAGUUCUGACGGAGGAACACGAGGAUGCCCUGUGCAGGGAGAAGGAGGAGAGUUUGCGCAGGUUUCAGGAGUCGGUACGCAAGCGCGUGGCGCAACAGGCCUGCGUGAGGAAGAGACAACAGCUGCAGAAGUCCAGUCAGACGGCGGAGCAGGAGGGCAGGGUGCUGCAGCAGUCCGGUUCUACCGCUCGGUGUCUCACGCCCAGGAAGAAGGCGUUCCCCUCCGGUCCACCGGGGGAGCUAGCUAUCUGUAGCCCCGGCUCACGCUGGGUUACCGCCCAGGGGCUGGAUACCAGCGAUGCAGAUGAGGCUGGCAAGCCGCACACGCACCAGCUUGUCAAGGUGACCCAGCAGGUGCGGCGCAGACUGGCCUCCUGCCAGACGGUGUCCCCGGGCGAGGAGGCCCCUGACCUGCCGGGGGGGCUGUGGAGGGUGUCUCCAACCAGAGACAAGCCGACGUCUCGCCUGCAGCGGGCGGGCGGGCGACGCCCGGGGGCGGAGGAAGACGAGGAGAUCCCUCUGAUUGGCCAGCACGACCGGCCGCUCGGCGUACGGGACCCCGCCCCUUCAGAGGGCCGACGGGGCAAGACGGUGGCCUUUCACCGCGUGCCGGUGUGUGACAGGCUGCUGAGAGAGCCAUACCCCACAGGCCCCAGUCCUGGGUUCGGCACUGACUACAGGGCCUCCCAGAUACUGUGGCCUGGAGAGGACCAGGAGGAGCUGAAGAGACAGCGACAUUCUCAGUUCCUGAUGUAUCGGCGUCUCUUCAUGGACAUUGAGCGAGAGCAGGUGAAGGAGCUUUGCCGUCACAGGAAACAUCUGAAGAGGAUUGCAAGGAUAAAGGCAGAUAAAGAGCAGCAGAGGACAGAGGAGGAGAGGAGGAUAGAGACGCUGAAGAAUCUGGAGGAGGAAAGAAUGGAGAUGGCCGAGCGGGAACACCGAGGCGUGCAGGACCUGCGAACGACGGACAUGGAGAGGACGCGGGAGGCCGAGGAGAAACGGAGAGAGAGGAAGGACAAAGAGGCCGCCAGGUUCAUCGAGGCUCUGCGGGUGCAGAUGGAGCGGAGGAUGGUGCUGGAGAAGGUGGAGCUUCCCCCCCUCUGUUGCUGUGGCGACAGCUUCUGGGACUCGCACCCAGACACCUGCGCCAACAACUGCAUCUUCUACAACAACCCCAAAGCUUAUGCCCACGCUCUGCAGUCUGUUCUGUUCAGCUGUGAGCUUAGGGAAGGAUACCGGAGUCACCGGGCCUCUGCCAGGAAGAUUGCAUCAGUGCACGCACUCUCUCCCAGGAAGUGAACUCGCCCCUGCCUUUGCCUUUUGGAUCCCCAAGCCAAAGUCACAGCUACAGUUCUUAAUUCUGCUGAAGUUACAGUGAAUGUAAUGGGGGGAGGGG